AUGCUCAAACAUGUUUUCAAUACAGAAAAGAGACAUGAAAAACAUGUGUUCAAUACAGAAAAGAGACAUGAAAAACAUGCGUUCAAUACAGAAAAGAGACAUGAAAAACAUGUGCUCAAUACAGAAAAGAGACAUGCUUGCAAUACAGAAAAGAGCAUGCUUCAAUACAGAAAAGAAACAGGAUACAAACUGGAAAAGUUUCAUCGACAGGAACAAAAAGAACCAUGGACACAAAACUCCGGCUCUCCAUGGAGGUGGAGUGUACCCGAGCGCACGGCUAUGAAGAGGCAAAAUAUGUCGGGGCCUACACGUGCGAUUUAGAUUUUGGACAGGACGACAAUAGGACGACGCGCUAAAUUUUGAACAGAUUGAGUUUCAAACGCAAGACAUGAGCAUGACAACCCCUUUGCAUGACCAGCCUCCAGACAUAUUGCAAUAGAUAAACUUCCAGGCGUUGCAUGUUGCACAUCUCACAUGCUCUAAAUUCACCUGAGUAAUCGAUGGGCUUCGAGUUGAGUAAUCGAUGGGCUUACUUUUUGACAGUCUGUGUCGAAAGAAAUGCACGCAAAAAGAGAGAAGCAUUGCCAAAAGAAGAAAACAACCUAAACAAAGUACGCAAAUAGCAUAAAAAAGUAAACAAAUAGAGUACCGCUAUAUUGCAGGAGUUCUGCAGUAUAAAACAUAUUGCAGAAUGCAGCGGCUCCAAAAAAGCGCGGGGGUUUUUGGCGGCGAGCACCUCCGCUCGGUUCGAAACGAUGUUGCCCGCUUUUAGUUGUUCGUACAAUUUACUCGUAUUCGGUGCUGCAGCUACUGAUAUCAAAUGUCAAAAUGUCUGCGUCUGGGAACUUGUGAUGCUGUGCGGCGUAUCAUGAGGAGGCGACAAUUGCUGGCUCAGCAUGAAAAGUUUCUGAGCUUCUAGGUGUUGCCUAUUUUGCAUGACAGACUACGUUUCUGCAUGACAGAUUUAAGAGUCAUGCCAGACAAGCAUGACAAACUUGCAUUCUUCCAGCCCCGGACAUUUUUGCAUUUGAUAACUGAAGCUUACCCCUACGACGGCGGGUGAAAUUCAGGCGUCGCAAUACUUUUAAAGGACUUUCAAAAAACUUUGAAAAUUUCAAACUUUCUUGGU